GAAUGAGUGCGGUAGAAGCAAAGCUGAUCAGUCACUAUAUGGUUUGCUGGAGCCUCAAUCUAUACAAAAUGCUAAGGAAAGACGUCAACAAUGCCAACAAUAUAUUGAAACAUGAGUCAAGGAAUCACAAAGGCAGUUGUACAAUUCUGUUAUUGUUGUUGUACAAUUCUGUUAUUAUAAUUGUCCAAUUCAGGGCACAUUGGCAACUAUUUGUUCUCCACCCAAGGGAAAACACGGUCGUUUGGUUUUGUUCUCUAAGGAAGAAGCCUGAUAUUAACAUCAAAGGCGCAAUUAACAGUGCAAUGAAGACAAUAACCAGUUCUUUUGAAGGCAUGUCUAAUCAAGGUGCACCUCGGUGGGUUGAACCCAAGACUAAUGUGCAAAGUGGAGGGUUUGAGUGCGGAUAUUAUGUCAUGCACUGGAUGUGGUGCACAAGUGGUUUUCUGAUGGCUCAUCGUUAGACGUGGAGGCCAUCACAACAGUUCGACAGAAAUGGGCAACUUACUUUUUAUCUUUUAGGAAAAGCAGUUGCUAAAUUUGAUUUGUAUUAUGUACAAGUACAUUUUUCCUGUGGUUUCAUCAAAGAAUUAGAACAAUUAUGGCUACAACUUUGUAUGUUGGAUACAUUAGAGGAUCAUUAAUUCAAAAAAGGGUAUUCAAUUUGCAUGGACUUAUAUAUG